CAGUCCGUCCUGCGUCUGCCCGUGAUGCGAACGUAUGUUUAAGCGAGAGUUUGGUGUAUAAAAAUAAAGAAAAAUGCCUAGUUGUGUGUUCAGAAAGUGCAACACUUAUACUGGGCCUGCUGUAAAAUGCAAGAAGGAUGUGUCUUUUCAUUUAUUUCCUAAAGACGGAUUAAUGAAAGAAAAAUGGGUACAAGUGGUAAGAACACAACGACGAGAAGAUGAUUGGAUGCCAACGACAUACUCAACUAUUUGUUCUCAACACUUUCUGGAAAGUGACAAGUACGUUACGAAAAAAAAUGUUCGCAAACUGAUAAAGACAGCAGUGCCGGUAAUUAAGCAUAAAGAAAACUUGGGAGAAGGAAUUAUUUCUGACAACGACUCACUAAAAGAUGUAUAUAUUUCGGACCAUGACUCAGCAUUUGAUACUCCAAGAGAAGCAUACCUCAAGAAAAAAAUUACGAAAAUAAAUCAAGCAAAAAAAAGUUACAGAUGAAAAAUUAUAAUUUGACUAAGCAAAAUAAAAGACUCAAAAAAAGUGUGAUAAUUUACAAAAUAUCGUCUCAAAGCUCAAGAAGAAAAAAUAUUUUACAGUAGAUCAGUUUUCUGAGUUGAAUUUGAAAGCUGAAGCAGUAGAACUGACAAACCGGCUAGUUGCUAAGAGCAAAUCUAAAGGUUAUCGCCAAAAAUAUACUCCGGCAUUGAGAAAGUUUGCAGUUACCCUGCAUUAUUAUGCAGCCUACAAGUAUGUCAGGCAAGUAUUUAAUGGUUCACUACCUCAUCCUCGUGUCAUAGGGAAGUGGUACGAAAACAGCUCGGGUGAUCCUGGGUUUAAUAAACAAGCGUUAGAUGUUUUAGAAAAGAAG